AUGGCGGUGUUCGAGGAGCAGGAGCCUCAUCACGGCGGAGACGGGACCAGCGCCAGCUCCACCGGGACCCAGAGCCCGGACCUGUUCCAGAACCAGAGCCCGGACCUGUUCCAGAACCAGAACCAGGACCUGUUCCAGAACCAGAGCCCGGACCUGUUCCAGAACCAGGACCUGUUCCAGAACCAGGACCUGUUCCAGAACCAGAACCAGGACCUGUUUGGGACCGAGAUCGGAUCCACGUCGGCCUUCAAACCUUUUCAGAGCAGCAGCGAGAUCGAAGUCACGCCCUCCGCUCUCAGGACGAACAUGCCUCUCCACGUGCGCCGCAGCAGUGACCCCGCCCUCCUGUGCCUGAACGGACCAAUCACGGUGAUCGAGUCGCGGAGUCAGAGCGAAGACCCGCCCUCCCGGAAGAACCCCACCAGAUGGUCGACCACGGCCGGGUUCCUCAAGACCAGGAACCCGGGAACCAGCAGCCUGGAGAGAAAGGCCAAAGGCGUGGACUCGUACCGGAGUCUCCCUCGCGACGCCGGGGCCUGGGCCAAUCAGAGAGAGUUUCAGCGGGAGACGGCGAGAUCGUCUCUGAGCGCAAACCACCCCAUGGUCGACCGCUGGCUCGAGAGGCAGGAGCAGGAGGAGCAGAGGGAGAACGGCAGGAUCGAGCCUGUCGGACGAGCAGACUCAUGUUUAGAACACGGACCCCCCACAGACCUGGAGGACCUGGUGAAGGUGGUGGAGGUGUGUAAUGAUGGAGGUCCUCUGGGGAUCCACGUGGUGCCGUUCAGCGGACGAGACCGAAGGACUCUGGGGUUGCUGGUCAAACGCCUGGAGCGUGGAGGUAAAGCCGAGCAGCAGAGCCUUUUCCAGGAGAACGACUGCAUCAUUCGGAUCAAUAACGGAGACCUGAGAAACAUUCGAUUCGAACAAGCUCAGAACAUGUUCCGUGCGGCGAUGCGUUCUCCUCUCAUCAUGUUCCACGUCGUUCCGUCGUCCAUGAAGUCUGAGUACGAGCAGCUGUCCCACCCCUGCUCCGGCCCCGCCCACCCGUCCCCUGUCCCCGCCCACCCCUCCUCUGUCCCCGCCCACCCCGCCUCUGGCCCCGCCCACCCGCCUCCGCCUCUGGACCGGUUCAGCCCGGACUCUGUCGGCGCCGGCUCUUUCUCGGGACCGGACCGGACUCCCCACCGGACUUCCCGCUCCCAGAGCCGCCCGGAGCCGCCGGAGCCGUACGCUCCCGCCGUGCCCCACCCCCCCGUCGUCUCCGCCGCCAAACCGCCCACCGGCCACGCCCCCCACCGAGCGCCGGCCAAUCAGACGACAGCGGGCGUCACCAAGAAGAUCGGCAGGAGACUGAGCAUCCAACUGCAGAAAGGUCCGGAGGGUCUGGGCUUCAGCAUCACCUCCAGGGACGUACCUGUCGGAGGCUCCGCCCCCAUUUACGUCAAGAACAUCCUGCCCCGAGGAGCCGCCAUCCAGGACGGACGCCUCAAGGCCGGAGACAGACUGCUGGAGGUGAGCGGGGUGGACCUGGGCGGGCGCUCUCAGGAGGUGGUGUCACCUGUCUCACCGUCCCUCAGGUGGUCCUGCGCCAGCGACCUCCGUGGACAGAAGAGUGAGGAGGAGGACCUGGUCUUGACUCCAGAUGGUUCCAGAGAGUUCCUGACCCUGGAGGUUCCUCUCAGUGACUCGGGUUCUGCAGGACUCGGCGUCAGUGUGAAAGGAAACAGAUCCAAAGAAAAUCACACGGACCUGGGGAUCUUCAUCAAGUCCAUCAUCAACGGAGGAGCCGCCUUCAAGGACGGACGGAUGCGCGUCAACGAUCAACUCAUCGCCGUCAACGGAGAAUCUCUGCUGGGCAAAACCAACCAGGACGCCAUGGAAACGCUGCGCACGUCCAUGUCUGUGGAGGGAAACCGGCGCGGAACCAUCCAGCUCAUCGUCGCCCGCCGCCUCAGCAGCAGCACCCGGGACGCCCCCUGCAGUCCUCUGGGAGCGCGACAGUCUCUGGACUCGUCUCUGGACGAACACGAGCGGAGGAUUUCUCACUCUCUGUACGGAGGACUGGAGGGUCUGGACGAGAACCUGAUGCCCCGCCACGGAAUGAUGCCCCGGACCAUAGCGCACUAUCAGUUGUCUCCGACGGUGAACAUGCCUCAGGACGACACGGUGAUGAUCGAGGAGGACCGCCCCCCUCACCUGCCGCUCCUGCCCCCUCACCUGCCGCACCUGCCGCUCCUGCCGACCCUGCCCCCGGGCCUGUCGGACCAGUCCUCCUCCUCCUCCCACGACGAGCCCGGCUACGGCCCCGCGGACGAGCUGCCCAACCCCAUCUACGCCGCCGAGACCGUCCCGCCGUGGGCCCAGGGGCCGCCCGCCCAAACACACAGCGCUCUGGGGCCUGAGGAUCUUCACGCAGACGGCACGUUCCUCAGAGAAGGUUUUGGACGUCAGAGCGUCUCAGAGAAACGCUCCAAACAGUUCAGUGACGCCUCCACGCUGGAGAUCAUCAAGACCAGGAAGUCCAAGAGCAUGGACCUGGGUACAACACGCUACACCUGUCCACCUGAACACCUGUCCACCUGA